AUGGUGGUAACUCUCAUUUCCGUGGUCAUCAUGGCCUUGACAAUGAUGGUUCUAGUCAUGGCAACAAGCCAAUCUGUCAACUUUGUGGCAAGAUUGGUCAUGUGGUUGUUAAAUGCUACAGAAGAUCACGAGUGGUAUGUCGAUAGUAGCGCGACAAACCACAUCACUAUCGAUAUGAACAAUCUAACUAUCAAGGUAGAUUACAUGGGCAAUGAGAAGCUUAUGGAUGCUGUGGUGAAAUGGACCAUGCAUCCUUGGGAAAGAGAUGCUCGCAUGGCAAGGAAGGCUUUGAAAAGAGGCAGUCAAGCAUAUGGCCUACUCAUUGAACUUGCAUGCACCAGAUCAUCAGAGGAGCUCUUGGGAGCUAGGAGAGCAUACCAGUCCCUCUACAAUGAAUCGAGGAAGACGUUGCUUGCCGAGUUGAAGGCAUCCAACGCCAGAUAUGAAGGAUCACGAAAGAAUGAUGUGGCAAUUGAAUCGAAUGCUCAAAAACUUAAUAAAGCCAUUAGAAAUGGUGAUAAGACGAUGCUAAUCAAAGAUGAAGAGAUUGUAAGGAUUCUAACAACAAAAAGCAAGCCUCAUCUUGAGGCGGUCUUCAAAUGUUACUAUGAUGAUUUCGGCAAGGACAUUGCAGAGGAUCUCGGUGAAGAAUCAGGUUUGAAGGACACAAUUUAUUGCUUGUGUGCUGCUCCAGCGUAUUUCAGUAAGAUUUUAGAUUCAGCAAUGAAAGCUAAUGCAAGCAAGAAAGAAAAAGAAGCCCUAACUCGAGUUAUUGUAACCCGAACUGAUGUUGAUAUGAAGGACAUUGUUAAGGAAUAUAAUAAGCAAUAUGGAACUCCUCAAGCCAAGAAGAUUGAAGAUGUAGCUCUUGGAAAUUAUAAAGAUUUCUUAGUCACGUUGGUCCAAAGAGCUCUAGCUAAAGGAAGUGAAUAA